UCAAGUUACGUAAAACAGAUUUCUCGUAGGUUACGUCUUUUGUCAGCAAAGACGAUCCAAAAAUAAUUUUUAAAAUUUAACCUUUCCGAAGGUUUUAAAUAUUUAUAAAAAUGUCUCUAAUAACUAGAAACGUGUUCCGUACGUUGUUGCAGGGUUCUCAACAUGUUACCAAGGGCCUCCACACCACUACAGUAAAUGCUGACAAAAACGUAUGUUUCGCGCCCCUAUCAAUCAGCACCCUGCAAGCUAGCAAGGAGGGUCGCAUCAAAUGCACCCUAAUCCCCGGUGAUGGAGUCGGCCCAGAAUUGGUGUACUCUGUUCAGGAGGUUUUUAAGGCAGCGAGCAUCCCUGUGGAUUUCGAAUCAUUUUUCUUCUCAGAAGUGAACCCAACAUUGAGCGCCCCUCUCGAAGAUGUAGUCAACUCUAUUGCCAAGAAUAAGAUCUGCAUCAAGGGUAUCCUGGCCACCCCUGACUUCUCCCACACAGGCGAGCUCCAAACUCUGAACAUGAAGCUACGUAACGCUCUAGACCUCUAUGCUAACGUGGUGCACGUGAAGUCCCUGCCCAAUGUGAACUGCAGGCACAAGGAUGUGGACUGCAUCAUCAUCCGAGAGCAGACCGAGGGAGAGUACUCUGCUCUGGAGCAUGAGUCUGUGCCUGGCGUCGUGGAAUGCUUGAAAAUCAUCACAGCGGCGAAGUCUGAGCGUAUCGCGAAGUUCGCAUUCGACUACGCGGUCAAGAUGGGCCGCAAGAAGGUCACCGCCGUGCACAAGGCGAACAUCAUGAAGCUCGGCGACGGUCUGUUCUUGCGUAGUUGUGAAGAGAUCGCAAAACUCUACCCGCGCAUCCAGUUCGAGAAGAUGAUCGUGGACAACUGCACCAUGCAGAUGGUGUCCAACCCGAACCAGUUCGACGUCAUGGUGACGCCCAAUCUGUAUGGCAAUAUUGUGGACAACCUCGCGUCUGGGCUUGUGGGCGGGGCUGGUGUGGUGGCUGGGGCUAGCUAUAGCUCGGAGUGCGCUGUGUUUGAACAGGGCGCGAGGCACAUCUUCUCAGGCGCCGUGGGUAAGAACAUCGCCAACCCGACCGCCAUGUUGCUGUGUUCGGCCAACUUGCUGGCUCACGUCAAUUUGCACUCCUACUCCAAAAAGAUCAAGACCGCUAUUAACAAAGUAUUAUCGGACGGUAAAGUAAGGACCAAGGAUCUGGGUGGUCAGUCCACCACCAAAGCGUUCACCAAUGCUAUCAUCCACUGCCUCACAUAAUUUUAAUCCAAUGUGAACCAAAUCGUUAAAUAACCAAUUUCAUUAGGCUUUUAUUAUAUGUUCUCUUACUUAUACAUUGUUUUAGAAAAGCAAAAGAAUAAUGGUAAAUAUCAUAUUUAUCCAUAUUUUGACAUAGCUCUAAUUUUAUUAAGAUAAUUUGUGAUAUUUUAAAAAUCCAUAUAAAAUUAUGUACCAUGGAUAUUACGUGGAAUAUACGGAGUUAAUUUAGAGAUAAGAUUUCGUUCUUUCAAAGCCUACUUCUAUUGGUUAUUUCCAUAAAAGUUGUUGGGAUACCGGCACUUAGUCUAAGAAUAAUUUAUUUUAAUUUAUUCCUAAGAUCUGUGGACGUAGAUGCAGUAUUAAAUCAAUUGUUACCAGUGUAAAUAAAAUUUGC